AUGUUCUUCUCGCAAACCCUACGUCGAACGACGACCACGGCGGCCACGGCGUCGGCCUAUCAGCUCUCCGAUGAUGAGGCGGCGGAAUUCAAGCAGGCUUUUAGCCUCUUGGAUAAGGACGGCGACGGCUCCAUCACCACCAACGAGCUCGGUACUGUGAUGCGCUCACUCGGUCUGAAGCCAACUGAAGAAGAGCUGGAGGGGAUGAUCGAGGAGGUGGACGCAGAUGGGAACGGUAGGGUUGAUCUACAAGAGUUCCUUAGCCUAAUGGCCCGGAAGAUGCAAGACAAUCUCUCAGAGAGACAACUCAGGGAAGCGUUUAAGGUUUUCGAUAAGGACCAGAAUGGAUUCAUUUCUGCCGAUGAGCUUCGUCAUGUUAUGACCAGCCUCGGCGAGAACCUGAUGGAUGAGCAGGUUGAGGUGAUGCUUCAUGAGGCUGAUAUUGACGGCGAUGGACAGAUCAAUUAUGAGGAGUUUGUGAAGGUCAUGUUGGCCAAGAAAACACAAGUUACUGACAGACAAUGCAACAAGGUACCAGGUCGGAGCUGUGUCCAGAUUUGA